CCAGCAAGGCAGCAACCAGACGCAAGCACCUGGGGGGCGGGGCCAAGCCGGCAAGGGCAACCGAGCCCUUAACCUUGAAAGGCCCGCCUGGUUAAAACCCCGUCCUCCAUAGCAGGCAGCUGCAGGUGCCAUCCUGCCAUGAUGGCCAUGGUGUCCGCCCUUGCGCUCCUCCUCGCACCCCGGCCUGUGUCCACGAGGCCCACCUCGCCUCAUCUCCACUCCCGCCGCCUCGCUCUUCCUCCUCCCCGACCCGCCACCCUCUCCGCCCAAGCCGCCACCCACCCGCGCAGGGCCAGGCAUCUCCAGCAGCUCCAUGCCGCCUCCUGUUGCAACAAUUCCGCUCCGGCUGCAGGAACCAGUGGAGGAAGCGCUACCAGCGCGAAGGAUUGGCGGUUCUACUUGGCAUGGUAUUUGAUGUCUCUUGAUAAGAAUCCGAUUGCAACUAAGGCAGUCACUUCUGCUGUGCUAACUCUGGCCGGGGACCUCAUCUGCCAGCUUGUGAUUGAUCGAGUUCCAGAGCUUGAUUUAAGGAGAACAUUUGUGUUCACAUUUUUGGGGCUUGCCCUUGUGGGGCCAACUUUACAUGUCUGGUACCUUUAUUUGAGUAAAUUAGUGACAAUCAGCGGAGCAUCAGGUGCCAUUGCUCGCCUUAUACUUGAUCAGUUCAUUUUCUCUCCCAUUUUCAUCGGCAUUUUUAUGAGCUUACUAGUCACCUUGGAGGGAAAGCCUUCUCUUGUAGUGCCAAAGCUUAAGCAGGAGUGGUUAUCAUCAGUGUUGGCAAAUUGGCAAUUAUGGAUACCGUUUCAGUUUCUGAAUUUUUACUUUGUUCCUCAGAAGUUUCAGGUGCUUGCUGCUAAUUUUGUAGCCCUUGCAUGGAAUGUGAUUUUGUCAUUUAAGGCUCACAAGGAGGUUAUUGCGAAAUAGCAGGAUUCGGAAACUGGAGUGACAGGAGGCAUUUCUGAAGAUGAUGGUCCUAUGGGCACAGAAGAAGUUUCCCCUGUCCUUUUGGCCGCGUUGCAUUCAUUCAAAGAAACUUUGAUUGAUGAUGAGUUGAUGACAAGGUGAAUUUUAUGGAGAUGGAUGCCUUCUUACUUGAUGAUGAGAACAACUCUCUUGUGAAGAGAAUCACUACUUUAGAGUCAGGAUUAGCGACUGCAAGAGACAGUGUCUUGAGAUUAGGUGGUGACUCUGAUAACAGGAAAGAAAUGGAAAGAAGGAGCUGGUGGCAAACGUGGACGGCAAGCCUUGGAAGAGCUUGUUCCCAA